CAUACAUGAGACGGAAGUGCCAUGCUCCCUCCAGAGUUCCCACUUCCAGAGCUCAGCCCUUCGGAGGGAGUAGGGCAUAGGGAUGCUCACUUCCGUUUGGAAUUCGCCCAUUGACACGUACCGUCAGACUUGGCUAAGCGAUUCAGUCGUGAGUGAUCCAGGAUUGAUUGCUGCUUAUUGAUUCGCCGGGUCUGAGUGAAGGGAAAUGGCAGUCUGCAGACGGGAAUAACAUAUUUAACUAUGAAUGUGGAACUUUGUUUUUGUAUGCGCGGAAAUACCGGAAAGGAAAUGUAUGUUUGAACCUUUUGGGUAUGUUACCUUUUAUUCGCAAACCACUAAUGCGACAGAGAACCGGUCAGUUCCUAUGCAAUUUCAAUAUAUUCAUUUGAUCAGAUGAGCAGGCACAGUCAGUGCAGUGAACAGACAAACAAUCUCCAUCCCAGAGCUGUCUCUCCUCAGCCGAUGAAUGUUGCACUACAGCAUGUAGAGGGCAGUGCAUUGUCCUGGAGCUUUUGCAAAUGAAAAUGGAGGACGUGUCUCUGUCCAGUAUGGACAAGAGUAAGAUGGAGGGCUUUGCUCAAGAAAUCCUAUCUGACCUGGUGGAGGAUGCCUGUUUGGGUCUUUGUUUUGAGGUUCACAGGGCUGUCAAACAGGGAUAUUUUUUCCUGGAUGAUACAGACCAGGAUAGUUUGAAGGAUUUUGAAAUUGUGGACCAGCCUGGAGUAGACAUUUUUGGGCAAGUAUAUAACCAGUGGAAAAACAAAGAGUGUGUGUGUCCUAACUGCAGUCGGAGCAUUGCUGCAUCUCGCUUUGCUCCUCACCUGGAGAAAUGUCUUGGUAUGGGCCGCAACAGCAGUCGCAUUGCCAACCGCAGAAUUGCCAGCGGCAACAACACAAACAAAUCAGAGAGUGAUCAAGAGGACAAUGAUGAUGUCAACGACAAUGACUGGUCUUAUGGGGCAGAAAAGAAAGCCAAGAAGAAAAAGUCAGAUAAGGUAUUUUUACAUUCUUUGAAACAACCCGAACCUUUGAAUCCAAAUUCACCAAGAAGAUCCAAAUUAAUGAAACACAAAAAUUAAACAAGUUCCAUUACAGCGCACUGUGACUUUCUGACCGGGACAGAGCUCAAAACUCUAGAAAAACGCACAGUUCUCUAGAGAAGCAUGUUCUUCUUUUCAAACAGCUAAACAGAGCACAACUGAAUGGAACAGAAAGCAAAGGAGUAAUGUGUGUUUGAGUAGUUUUUAGCUGCAUUUUAUAGAAAUUAUGUAAAAAUUUUUGUUGCUGGGUCACUUGUAAUCAUGACACGAGGUACGUGUUUUUCUUUUUUUUUCUUUUUUUUAUCUUUAAAUUAAUCUCGAGAAGAGCAUGCUAUGGAUUAAACUGUGUCAGCCCUUAUUCCCAAUUGAACAUCUAUAACAUCAGCAAGGACACCUACAUUUGCUUCAAGAUAAAAUAAGGCUAGUAAUUAAGUUAAUUCAUUUACUUAUUAAUUCAGGUCUUAAUAAAAGCAAUAGUAAAUAAAGAGUUCACAGCAUCAUAGUGAGUGUGUUAUUAAAUGUUAUGAACAGUUCUGUUCACUUACACUAAUGUUAACAGGUAUGUUAUUGCCAUCAAAUGACGUUGUUCUCUUUUCAAGUGACUGUUUGCCUCAAUUCUGUUUCACAGUCUCCACAGUUUUCAAUCAAAUUACUGUGUAAUGCUGUUCAAGAUAACUUUGCAAUCCUUUCCAGCUUCAUGCAAAGCAACAAUUCUUGAUUGUAGGUCUUCUAAAAACUCUUCUUUGCGAGGCAUGGUCCACAUCAGCAGAUGCUGCUUGUGAAUAGCAAAAUGUUUGAGUGCUUUUUAUAAGUCAAAGUAGCUCAAACCCAAGAUUGUAUAUAAGAACAAUACAAUAAUUUCUGUGUUAUUAGUUAAAACAGAUUGUGUUUGUUCAUUAUUGUAAUUUAGAUGAUCAAACCAGAUUUUAAGACAAAUUUAUACAUAAAUGCAGGUAAUUCCAAAGGGUUCACAUACAUUUUCUUGCCACUGUAUGCUUUACUAUGUCACUCUUCAUUCCAGCCCAGUAAGAAUAUUAUCAGUUCUGUUUAUGAGAAUAUUUUGCUAAAAAACGCAGCGUUCCCGGGAAUCUCCCAUUCAUUUCUAUGGGAAAGUUCUGCAGAGUUGUAGAGCAAGCAGAGGUAACUAAGCGGGAAGCUUAGCGAAGGGUCAAUUAUGGCAACCUGAAGGAAGAGCAGAGAUGCGCUUUAAAUAUGGUUAAAUAUGCAAGACACUGACUGGACAGCAAUGAGAUACAACGCAGUAGGCAAAGACGUCUGUCUGACAUUUACUGCAUGUCAUAUACUGCAACCAUGAAUGUUUUAGCGAGGGAUGUGUACGAGCAGUCGACUAAUCGAGUAAUCAUUCUGCAUCAGCUAAUUGAAUAUUAAAAAUACUACUCGAAUAUCGCAAAUUAAUUUUCAAUUCAGCAUUUGCCUGUCGUGAGCAGCGCUGAAUUACACUGUUCCCUGUGAAUCUCUCACCACAUCUCGCAGUUACAAUUGAGUCCACUGGGGGGUGGAGGAGUAGGCCGUUUUAUUCAUAUGAAAUUCCGCACCUGCAUUCCAGUCUACAUCUUGAUGUAAUCCUUCCUCAUGAUCAUACAGCGUGUUUUCAUGAGCUAAAUGGGAGGCUUAACAAAAAGUUAAAAUGUGGUGAGACGGGGAGUCAUGUGACGCAAUGCGAGGAUCGGAUGUGUAAACGGCGAGCUCUGCGCACUUUGCUAGUUUUAACAUUUUAAAUGACAUAAACCGGUGAGAUUCGAUACACUCUGUUCCAUAACUGUUCUAGGAGGACAAUGUGUCCAGGAAUUAAAAAUCUUCAGGCUCUGGAGACAUUAAAAGAUACUUAUGUGCUCAAGCUGAUGCCCCUGAGCAAGCCACGAGCCUGGGAGUCGAUUUAGUUGGAGAGGUGUGGGAAAUGCAGCGAGAGAUGCUGAACAUGUCGGCAAUAUUGACGAAGGUCGUUGCUGACUUGGAGGAUCUUGCUGUGAUACGUUGAUUGAUCACUGCCAUGGAAGCAAAGUUCUCUGAGGUGCUUACAAGAGUGGGGGAUGUUGAGAAAAGGAUCGAUUAUCUGGAGUCCUCGGAGAGGGAUCUGAUAAUCCACUAGCGACCAAGGUGGAUUUGGAGCAUGUCUGGGAAAAGUUGGAGGACAUGGAGAACCAUAGCCAGUGGAAUAACGUCCGAAUCUUUGGAAUUCCUGAGGCCAAAGAUGGUCAGAAUAUGGUGAAAUUCCUGGAUGGGCUCCUUUCCGAAUCUGCUCGACAUAGCAGGCCAUAAGCUGGAAAUCGAGCGAGCUCACAGGGUUCCUUUUCAGUAAUCCAUGGAGGGAGACAGGCCCGGUCAAUUCUGGCCAAAUUUCUGAGAUCAUCUGAUAAAGAUCUCGCGAGGUGAAGAGUAAAGGAAGGCUUUCUUGGAAAAACUACGGCAUUUUCUUGUUACCAGACUUUGUGAAUUCGACGAGAGAAACGUGAUCGAUAUCAAGGAAUGUAAGAAACUUUUACCUCAACGGAAGGUCACUUUUGCACUGAUAUUCCCAGUCAAAUUGAGAAUAGAUGCCAAGGAUGGCCGUAAAACAUUCACAUGUCCACAGCAAGUGAUGUCCUUCAUAAAGUCAAUGGAGUAAGGCAUCUUGUGGUACUCGCAUUGCAGCUGAGUGGACCGGUUCACUGAACAUUCACUUGACUGUUUGAGGAAACUGAGCGCUUUUUUUGUGCUGGUUCCGCCUAGCGGCUGUAGUUUAUUUUGUAGAGUAACACACCUUGAGGACCGCUUUUUGGAUGAAUCUACACGCUCUUUGUACUUAUUCCGCCUAUUGGCUGGUAGAUUAUCUUUUACCGUGUAAUUCUGUCUCACAAAAUUUGUAUAGAAACACUGGAUUUGAGUAAUCCGAUGGCAAAGCUUUUGCGGGGAUGCUCGUAGGCGUACAUGGACUGUUUGAGUUCAGAGGGUCGGACGCCAGUUGGCGCUGUCGUGCGCAGGGUUAAUGUGCACGUUUUUAUUUUUUUAGGGGAUGUCCGGGGUUUGAUUGUUGCACUAAUGUUGUAAUGUGGUCUUUAUAAUCUUGUUUUUGACACACAGUCUAUUUUUUGCUUAUGUCAAAUGUUAAUAUGAGUGGAUUGUCUCUCUCCACGUGGAAUGUGAAUGGGUUGGGGUACCCCAUAAAAAGAAGGAAGGUUAUUUCUCUAAAGCUUAAGAAAUAUGAUAUAGUGUUUCUUCAAGAAACGCAUCUUUACCCACAGAAAGCUGAAAAAUUUGGGAAGAUAUAGGGUGGACAUGUUGUGCUGGCUCAAGUAAGAGAAGGACAGUCAUUACACUGAUAAGUAAACAUCUACAAAUCAAAUGUCUCAAACAGAUUAAAGAUAAAUUAGGAAGAGUCAUUAUUGUUUUAGCUGAAAUUCAGGGGCUAAGGUUUAUUUUGGCUAAUAUUUAUGAACCCAACGUUGAUGAUCAGGGCUUUUUUAUAGAUAUUGAAGGGAUGUUGCCAGCUGCUGGCACCCCUCAUGAUAUAAUAUUGGGAGGAGACUUUAAUCUUUUGAUGGUUCUUAGGGGCCGGAUCAUACAGUAUGCCGCAUUCACCAAAAAAUCCAAAGCACAAGAACUUGGAAGGGAAUAUUAAAAAUGCCGAGGCAGAGCUGAAGCACCGAAUGUCGUCUAAUUUCCUCAGAGAAUUGACCCGGUUGAAAUACAGAUAUAAUAUUAUUUUGUUGCGGAAGGUGGAGUUUUGGAUAUUCAGGGCAAGACAGUCAUACUUUGAGUCGGGCGUCAAGGCAGGAAAACUUCUGGCUAGAUAUAUAAAACAGAGAGAGUCUUUUUCUACCAUUCCCUCAGUGAAAUCUGCUGGUAGUGAAAUAUUUACCGUACAAUAUUUAGCCAUUGAUAUUAAUAAUGCUUUAAAAGAAUUCUGUCUUGAUCUCUAUAGUUCCAUGUUUUCAUUUACUAAUGAGGAUAUUAGAAACUUUGUGAAACCAUGAGAAUUCCUAAACUGACGACUGAGCAAAAAUAUUCUCUUGAUUCUGAGAUAACCUUGGAUGAACUUGGCAAGGUAAUUAAGGCCUUGCCUACAGGCAAGGCUCCGGAGCUAGACGGCUUUGCCGCUGAGUUUUUUAGAUCUUAUGCUGCAGAACUGGCUCCACUUUUGCUUGAAGUUUAUACAGAAUCAUUAAAGAAUUGAAAGCUUCCAGCAACCAUGACGCAAGCCCGGAUCAGUCUGAUUCUUAAAAAGGACAAAGAUCCAAGCGAGUGUAAGAGUUACCGUCCAAUUUCCCUGAUCCAGCUAGACAUUAAAAUAUUGUCAAAAAUUUUGGCUAACCGAUUAAGUUAUGACAUCUCUUAUACAUAUAGAUCAGGUGGGGUUUAUUCGGGGCCGUAACUCUUCUGAUAACAUUAAGUGUUUCAUUAAUGUCAUGUGGGCAGUGGCGAACGGUCAGACUCCGGUCACGAACAUCUCACUUGAUGCCAAAAAGGCAUUUGAUAUGGUAGAAUGGGAUUAUCUUUUUAAGAUUUUGGAAAUGUAUGGGUUUGGAAAUAUGUUUAUUGGAUGGAUUAAGUUACUUUAUAGACACCCGGUAGCGGCAGAACAAACAAAUGGAUUAAUUUCAGAUUAUUUUACUCUGGAUGGUGCACCUGGCAGGGUUGCCCUCUUUCCCCAUUAUUGUUCUGUCUUGCCCUGGAACCAUUAGCAGCCGCGAUAAGAAAGGAGGAUGAUUUUCCAGGGGUGGUGGCUGGAGGUGUGGCGCAUAAGCUUUUGCUUUACACAGAUGAUAUUUAAUUUUUCGUCUCUGACCCUACUAGAUCUACGCCUUGCCUCCACAGAAUUAUUAAUUCCUUUUCUAAGUUCUCAGGAUACAGAGUUAAUUGGUCUAAAUCCGAAGCUUUGGCUCUGACAGCGUACUGCCCAGUUACGGCUUUCCAGCCGGGCACCUUCCAGUGGCCCAAACAGGGAAUUAAGUAUUUGGGUAUUUUAUUCCCAGCAAAUUUGUCUGGGCAGGUGGGCUUCAUUACAUUUAUCUAUGAUUGGGAAGGUUAAUGUUAUUAAAAUAAUUUGUAUUCCAAAAUUCAACUACCUGCUACGAUCUCUCCAUUUAGAUAGCCCCCUCUCUUAUUUCAAGCAAUUUGAUAGCAUAGCGAAGUCCUUCAUUUAGAAUGGUAAAUGUCCCAGAUUACAUUUCAGUAUGUUACAUAAACCGAUUGACAAAGGUGGGCUAGGCCUACCCAAUAUUUUAAUUAUUAUGCAUUUGGUCUCAGAAAUUUGGCUCAUUGGUCGCUUCCACCUGAGAGAGUCCCUCCCUGGUUUUGUAUUGAACAGGAAGUUCUUGCCCCUAUUUCACCAUUGCAAUGCCUUUCUAUCAAACUAACCGGAGAAGUUAAGUUACACUAUUAUCUCGCAUUUGCACUCGGUAUGGACAAAAGUAUCCAGAGGGUUUAAUUCGGACAUUUAUUUAAAUGUUGCCUCGAGCAUAUGGCUGAACCCAAAAUUAUGUAUUAAUAAGUCCCCUUUCUGCUGGACAGAGUGGAUUGUGAGGGAGGUUAAUACGCUCUGUGAGCUAUGUGAGAGUGGAGUGUUGAGAUCCUUUGAAAAUAUGGUUCAGCAUUUUGUGAUUCCCAGGUCUCAAUUCUUCAGGUAUUUACAGCUGCGCCAUCUGCUUUGUACUAUUUUUGGUAGUAACAUACGCCCCCCUAAAGCGGCAGAUACUCUGUGAGUGGUGAUUACUGCUUUUGAUAAAGGUCAUGAGGCAUCAGUGUAUUACUCCCUGCUAAUUCAUAGUCUGGGGCACGGAGCUUCAACUUCUCUCAAAAGAUUAUGGGAGAAAAAUUUUAACUUGGUUUUAGAGGAGGGAGUAUGGGUUAGGAUUCUAAAAAACAUCGUCUACACCUAGAGAUGCAAGGGUGCGCCUUAUGCAAUUUAAGAUUUUACAUAGAUUCUAUUGGACCCCCUCUAGAUUGUAUAGGCUUGGUCUUUAAGACACACCCACCUGCUGGCGAUGCCAAUCAGAGGAUGGAGACAUAACCCAUGUCUUUUGGGGGGUGUGUUAAGAUCCAAGAAUUUUGGUUGCGGGUUCAAAGUUUUAUGUGUGACGUAUUGGGCACUCAAAUUUCAUUUUGCCCCAGACUCUGUAUUUUAGGCGAUGGGGCGGUCAUUAAUAUAGGGAUAAUUACAUAAAAAAUUGUGUUAUGAUCGGCAGACAGGUCAUCGUUAGGGGAUAGAAGUUGGCUGAUGCACCCUCAUUUCAGGAGUGGUGCACAGAGAUGGGCAGGGUGGCGGCAUUUGUGGAGGUGGCGUAUAGAAGGCUAGGCAACCAGGAGUUUAACAAAAAAAAAAAAAAAAAAAAAGUGGGGCAGCUAUUUGGCAUUUUUGGAGGGCUCUUGGGGAGGGACAGUGGAGAGGGAAAUAUAGUUUUAAAUGUGUGUGUUUUUUAGGGCCCGAGCACCAUAGGUGGUGCUAAAGCCCUAUUAUUUUUUAAUGUUUUUUCACAAUUAUUAGGGCCCGACCGGAGGGGCUAAAGCCCUAUUGUUUUUGGAAUGUUUUUUUUCACAGUUAUUUUUAUUUUUAGCACAUUCACCCAUUUUUUUAGGCAUUCGUCUUGGCACACACAUAAGACCUGUGUAAAAUCAAAAAGUUAUGUAGUGUUUGGGCUUGGGUGUGGUCGAGGAGCUCUACAGCGCCUCCAAACGCAGGCAAUGAUUGGGAUGAAGUUGCUCAGAUGUGCACAAGAUUUGGUAUGGUUACUGCUCUCAUCAUGUUAGACAAAGUUCAUUUGGAUGUAUUUAACUCCGCCCAACAGGAAGUCAGCCAUGUUGGAUGUUGUGGGAUUUUCACAUUUUCCCGUGGUGUUGAGGGGCUUACGAUUGCUGAAAACUUAUGAAAGUUUACACAUACAUUUGUCUUAGGACAUCUUUUGAUUUGAUAUUGCAAUUCAGCAUAGACGUGCCUCAUCGGUUCCACAGCACCCCCUAGUUCAUAAAUGCAUAUUUCAUGCCUUUUAGAAUACUCAAACUCUUGAAACUUGGCAGACCCGUGAAAGUUUGGCAAGAUUUUAUUUUAAGAUUUUAUUCUUGGGUGUGGCCAGUGGACUCCAGAGCACCCCCUAACAUUUCUGAAUGAGUUUAUCGCUGUGGUUUCCACAAGUUUUGGUGGGGACAUUGUUCUCACCAUUAGACAUAUUUCCCAUUGGCUUUUAUUAGCUCCGCCCAACAGGAAGUUGGUCAUUUUGGUUUGUUUGAAAAAAUGCAUGCUCUGGAAUUUGAAAUACUCCUCCUAGGGGAUUUAUGUGACCAAACAUAGCCAACAUCAUGCCAAGACAUUGAAGAUGCUAAAUUGCGAAUGGAUUUUUGAUAUAUCGAACUGUGUUGCCAUGGCGAGGCGAUACAUUUUGGUGAAAAAUGAGAAACAGGAAGUGCUCAUAUCAUUGGCGAGCAUUGUGUAAUUUUGAUCAAAAUUGAGAAUUAUAUUUGGUAUUGGAGGCUGAUCACAUGGAUGUGACUAUUGUGGGGCACAAUCAUAGUGCGGCAGCAGGAAGUGUGGCACUUUUUACAGACUUUGGAAUAGCACUCUCAUUUUUACCUGAAUUGCUUCAAACUUGUUUAGAAUAAUGUCAGGACAAUACUGAUGUGAAAUUGGUAAGGAUUUAUUGAUAUCUUUUAUAAUGUUGCCAUGGCAACACAUUUAACGUUAUUAUUCCUUUCUUUAUAUAUUAGAAUGCUUCAGUUUACAUGACAUUUGGCACAAACAUCAAUUAGGGCUUGGCAAAAGUGUGUAGGGGGGGCUCUGUUUUGCCCUCUUUAAAAUAUGCAUUUUUGGGAUGCUCUGUAGCACACCUUUUUUCAGCUACAGUCUCUAAACUCUGUACAUAUAUAGAUCUCAUCAAGCCAGACAACUUCACGCUGACAGCCUUAAACUCCGCCCAACAGGAAGUCGGCCAGGAAGUGGGUAUAAUUUGGUCAUCCUUGGUCCGAUCAGCUUCAAAUUGUGCAUGGUUACCAAUGGGCCAUCCCUGAU